AUGCAGCACGACGAUGUUGCGUGGGCCAUCAUCAACAAGACACAUUGUUCACACAAAGUAACUACAAAAACGCAGCAAUUCUGCCGGAACGAGUAUAACCUAACAGGUUUAUGUAGUCGCGCAUCUUGUCCGCUCGCUAAUAGUAAAUAUGCAACUAUUAGAGAAGAAAAUGGUAUAAUAUAUCUCUACAUGAGAACAGCUGAAAGAUUAAUGUUUCCAGCUAAACAAUGGGAGAAGGUAAAAUUAUCAAGGAAUUUUGAAAAGGCUAUACAUCAAAUCAAUGAAAACCUACUGUACUGGCCAAAUUUUAUAAAAUCAAAAUGUAAACAAAGGUUUUUAAAAAUAACACAGUAUCUAAUUCGCAUGAGAAAACUCAAACUCAGAAGAGUAAAAGAAUUAGUUCCAAUACAGCGUAAGAUAGAACGCCGUGAAAGGAGGCGUGAGGAAAAGGCUUUAGUUGCAGCCAGAAUAGACAAUGCUAUUGAAAAACAACUACUAGAACGAUUAAAGAAAGGAACGUACAAUGAUAUUUACAACUUCCCGCAAAUGGCGUUCGAUGCGGCACUGAAAGCAGAGGAGAUCUCUGACGAAAGUGAGAGUGAGAGGUCAGAAGAAGAGGAGGAAGAAAAGGAAAUGGAGCCAGAAUUAGAAAAAGAAUUGCAGAAGAGUAUGGAAACAGUUGAUGAGUUUAUUGAGGCAGAUAGUGAUAUGGACAGUGAUGCGGAUAGUGAAUCAGGAAAGAAGGAGGAUGCGGAGGUCGGUAGCGAUUUUGAAUCUGAAACGUCAGAUAUUGAGGAUAUAUCAGAAAAGUUGUCUAGCAAGAAGAAGCCUCGCGUGGAAAUUGAAUACGAGACAGAACCGUCAGUUGUUAUUUCUAAGAGGAAAAUAAAGUAA